AUGCGAUUUUGCACCAUCUACACAGCAUUGGUAUUCAGCGGAGUAGCUUCCGCGUACCAACUACCAGCCAAUCUCAAGGCUAUUUACAAUGCCCAUAAGGCUGGUACUUGUAAGAAGGCACUAUCUGGAAAGUCCUCCAGCGGCGCAGUCUUUUGUGGAGAUAUUCCCAACGCAUUGUUUCUCAAGGGAAGCUCUGGGAACUAUGAUAACAUGGACAUUGACUGUGACGGCGCCGAUGACAAAGCUGGUGCCUGUUCUAAUGAUCCCAGCGGAUAUGGCGAGACAUCAUUCAAAGACACUGUCCAGUCAUAUGGUAUUAGCGAUCUGAAUGCCAAUAUUCACCCUUAUGUUGUCUUCAACGAGGCGCCGUAUUUUAAUCCCCAGAAAUAUGGAAUGAAGCCGCUAUCUGUCAUGGCAGUUGUUUGUAAUAACCAAGUGUGGUACGGCAUCUGGGGAGACACGAAUCAAGAGCCAACCACGGGAGAAGCCUCUAUUGCUCUGGCGAAAUUGUGCUUCCCAAAUGAACACCUUACUGGCGACAACGGCCACGGUGCUAAGGAUGUCAUGUAUAUUGGUUUUGCUGGCGACAAGGCUGUUCCAGGCAAGAAUGGUGCCAACUGGAAAACAAAGAAUACGCAGGAUUUCGAGGCAAGCAUCAAGGCGUUGGGAGACAAGCUAGUUGCAGGCUUGUCAGCCUAG